AUGGGUGUGGACGAUGCGGUGGGGUCGACGCGCGCGCGGAUGGUUGAGUUACCGCGAGACGUCGUGAUCGAGAUCGUGGCGCGGUUGGGGAGCGAGCGGGACGUCGCGGCGUGCGCGCGCGCGUGCGCGGCGUUCCGAAACGCGAGCAGGUCGGAGAGCGUGUGGAGGAAUCUGUUGGCGAGUAAGCUCGGGAGGGAAUCGAGGGUGAUGCUUCCGAUGCGGUUGGAGUCGGAGGUUGAGGAAGGGCGAUCGGGAGGGCGGCGGGAGGGGGCGUGGACGAGGACGAGGACGACGACGAGCGCCGAGGCGACGCCGCCGACGGCGCGGUGGAUGCUCAAGUAUAAGCGCUGGCAUCGUCCCGAGAGCGGCGUGCUUCGAUGGGGGAAGACCACGGCGGAUUCGAGCCUGGAACCGACGGAAACGAAGUACGCGGCGCGGUAUUUACAUCGAUGCACCGCCGUGGGAGAUCGCUCAAAAAUCUUACUUUUUGGCGGGCAAGGCGGCGGGAGCGACUUUUUCAACGACUUGCAUCUUCUCGAUCUCGAUGAGGCCGAACUUGGGCUGAAACAGCUUCAAGUGAAAUCGGAGGGCAUUGAGCAUCCUUUUCCGAGAUGUUCGGGCACGCUCACCGCUAUGGCGGUGACCGGGGUGGAAAACUCCGAGGUCGUCGCCCUCUUCGGAGGUUCUCAAGGAUUUUUUGAAGGAUUUUCCAACUCGCUGCGCAUCCUGUGCGCCGACGGAAAAGAUGGAUUGCGAGUGAGCGAUGCCGCCGCGAAAGACGGUGACUUGAUCUGGCGCGAGCCGAUCGUUCGUGCGAAUCCGAACAAUCCUCCGAACAACCAAACGCCCGCGGCUCGAUGGGGGCACUCCGCUGUGUCGCUCGACGGCAAACUCAUCCUCUUCGGCGGCUCUAAUACCACGCACUGCUUCAACGAUACGUGGUUACUUGAGCUUGUGGUCGAGAACAAUAAACUCGUCGCGACUUGGACACUGUUGGUAGACGGCAACAAGAUGCCGGCUCCGCCGCCGCGCGCGGGUCAGACAGCUUGCCUUGUCGGCACGUUUUUGUACAUUUUUGGUGGCUGUCACAUUUCGGACGUUUUCAACGACGUCUGGAGACUUGAUUUAAGCGCCGUGGGUCGAAGUUCCCUGAGAUGGGAACGAUUUCUCGCCGACGGAACCCCUCCCGCUCCCAGGGUCGGACACGCCGCUGUGGUUUUGGGCGAUAGAAUUAUUCUUUGCGGUGGACGAGGAUCGGCGCGCGGCGGCGCCGUGGGCAAAUUCGCAACGGAUGAAGAGGGUCUCGCCUCUAUGCAAGGUUUGACCUUUUUCCAGAGCGGUUUCGCCAUGCUCGAUACCACCGCUAACAAAUGGCUCCCGAUUCAGUAUCCAGUGAUGGAGGAAACAUUGGGCGAUUCCAUUAGUUGCGACCGUGUCACGCACGUUAGAGAACAUCGCACCGGUCACGUGAUGAUGCCAGCCCGAAACGGCUCUCUCUUGCUCAUCGGUGGGCUCGGAUACGACGGUGUGUUCCAGAAUGAUCUCUCAUUGGUCUCUUUAUUCUGA